AUGUCGGAGGAACUGUUGCAAAAGUUCUUAACAUCAAUCGAGCAAGAAGAUGGAAUUGCUGAAAUAGGAAAGAAGAAAAAGAACAAGAGUGCUGCUAGACGAGAUAACGUCAAAACCAUAUUGCACGCCGCUUCAAAGGGACAAGUUCAAUUAUCUGCAGAAGAGAGCUAUAUAGUUCAAAAGCCGAGCACUUCAAAAGGAUCCGACUACAUCGAUGAUCGAUUAGCUUCACAAGGAUUUUCGUUGAUUGAUCAAGCCCGCUCAUUCAAACCAAAGGAUCUGAAGAAGAGAAAUUUGAAAUACAUGAAAUUCCAAGAAGGUCGUCGUAUUGACAAGAAAAAAGGACGAAUCCUAGUUCAAGCACAUAUGCAAACAAAGCAGGAUCUGAAAAGUCUUCGGAAGGAGAAAAAGGCUAUUAUCGGAGUAAAAGAACCACGUCGAUUGUUGCCUGGCCAGAAGAAGAAACAGAAAGACAAGAGUGUGUUCAGUGAUGCCGAUUUUGCUCAAGUUGCCCAUGUUGCCAAGAGAAUCAACUCGAUGGCAGAUCACUCAUUCCUCUAAAACGUUGUUGCGGAUUUUUAUUGUUAACUUUUUUUAGUUCACUUGUUUUUUUCCUCCAAAUUAUACAUUUUUCCUUGUU